UUUUUAGAAAUAGGUUGUAACGGCCGCUGUUUUCUUCGUGGGUAUUUAUAACAUGGCGUGCUGCGGGAAAAAGGCUGUUCUAAAACAAACAACUAAAGAAUGUAAAACAUUCCCUCCAAAAAACUUGUAGAUUCUAAACAAGCAAGUCAGUCCGUGCAUGAUUACAUUGCUUCGCCCAUCAAAAAGUACCUGAGUACCUAUCAUCAUUUAUUGGACUGACGAAUGUCAGUUGGAAAACAUUUACAAAUCAAAUGAGAACUUUUUCUCAUUUGAUUUGUAAAUUUGUAAAGCAAAGAUUGUAAAGUGCACAUGUGUGUUAAACCAGAUCAAACGGAUACUGUGUAGAAAACUGUGUGAUAGCCGAUUUACAUAAAUAGUAGUGAAGAAUCACACACUGACACAGGUUAGCUGACAGGUCAGACUGAGUGUGUUCGUGCAUAGAGACACACACACACAGUGAGAGGGAGAUUUACAUUGAGAGCUGAAACAGGAGAAGCUGUACUGAUUCCAGAUCUGAUUGGGAUUCACAGGCUGAGUUCUGUGUGCACGGAUACAUUCCUGCAGGAGGAGAGGGGAGGUGUGGAGAUCUUGUAUCUACCAAUCAGAAAGCAACACCGGUCUCAGCCUUAAUGGAGGAAAAGCUGAGUGGUGUCGUGACAGAACAAAGGAAAAAGUCCAGAUGACAGCAGGUGACACAUUCCCACUAUGCUGACAUAGCUGGUCAAUUGACAGCUCAAGAACACGCCCUUCCUGCUGAACACCGAUAGUGCAGCAAUGAUUGUUAGGAGGAAGGCUUGUGUUGCCUUGGUGAUCGCUGCCAUCCUCUUCCUCAUGAUUGCCAGCCAGAGCAUUCAGAGGAGGUAUUUCCUGUUGCAGCCUGCAGCUCCGCCCAGAGGCCACAGCACGUCCAGUGGCAGGAUGACAGCAGCUGAAUUCACAGGCCCAAUUUCAGGUCAGGCACCUCCUUACCUGAAACCUGAACAAAUUCCCACCGAGGAAGAGAUGGUUGAGGAAGAAAUUGACGAGGAGGAGGAAGAGAUGGUGAUUCAGGAGCAGCUUAUGAAAAACGCUAAGCUGUGUGGCUGCUCUGAUGCCUGUAUUUCAGACAACAAUGGGUCGAAAUGGUUCAGCCAGCGCUACGACGCUAAACAGCAGCCCAUCAUCAAAGAGACCGGCAAUAAUUUUGACUCUGAUGCACUUCAAUGGUGGCUGAGUCUUCAACGGGCCGGUAACGAUCAGUCCUUGGAGGAAGUGAUCUCAAAGAUGUUCCAGGUCAUAUCCCCACCCUCUAUAGACUUGGAGCCCGUGCCCUCACGUUGCCGUAGUUGUGCAGUGGUUGGCAACUCUGGCAACUUACGGCAUUCUGGACACGGUGCACUCAUUGAUUCUCAUGGCUUCGUGUUCCGGAUGAACAAGGCGGUGACUAAAGGGUUUGAGGAAGAUGUCGGUCGUCGGACGACGCAUCACUUCCUGUACCCAGAGAGUGCAGUGGACAUCAGUAAUGGUACCAGCCUCAUCCUGCUGCCAUUCAAACUGAGAGACCUGGAGUGGCUGACCAGUGCGCUGUCCACCGGAACAGUCAAAAUGACCUACAUGAGGGUGAAAGCAAGAGUGCACGCUGAUAAAGACAAGGUUGUUGUGGUGAACCCAGUGUUCUUUAAGUAUGUUCAUGAACGUUGGAACGAGCAUCAUGGUCGCUACCCGUCCACCGGCAUGCUGGCCAUCGUCUUUGCUCUGCAUGUCUGUGACCAGGUGUCAGUGUUUGGUUAUGGUGCAGACAAGCAAGGAAACUGGCAUCAUUACUGGGAGAAGAAUCAGUUUGCCGGAGCCUUCAAGAAGACCGGCGUCCACAGCGCUGAUUUUGAGAAUCAGAUCAUCCAACACCUUGCCAACGAAGGCAAGAUCACUCUACACCUCAACACAACCACAUCCGUGCAGACAGAACUAGGCACCAACGACAGACUGGCACAUAAACUCAAUUGACCUCUACCUGGCUGAUCGUCAAAACACCUGGCUGUCCUCUGGCACUCAAAAACCAAAUCUGAGCCAGUUUUUAGACCAUACAUUUGUUGUUUUGGGUAGAAAUUAGACUCCUGCACUUUUUCUGUCAGUCACCACAACUGCCUUGAGUCAGACAUCCAGGAAUGCUGGAUUAAUGAAUGUUGUUAAGCUUUUUCAGACAGCUGAAUUACCUGUGGACACAUCUGUGAGGCUUAUCUAAUUUAGAGAUCCCCUGCCUCUUCCAACGUUUGCUGGCUGAAAGAAGUUAAAGCUCAAUUCAAAAAGAUCAGUCUGUUUUUCUAGACCUAAAACCAACUUUCCUGACGUGUGCAACUGCUGGGAUAGACCACAAAGACCUUUGCUGUGAGCUGGAAACAACCACAAACUUUAUUUUAUCCUAUCUUUGUUUUUAUUGGAUUUUAUAGGUACGCAGGGAUAACCUUUUUUUUUUUUUUUUUUUUUUUUUUUUUUUUUAAAUAAAAGCACUUUUUCCUUAAGAAGAAAUGGUGGAAAGAGGCCAAGUGAAGGAAGUGUUCACUUGGCCACAUAAGAUUUCUUGCAUUGUAUAUCAUUUAUAAUCCCUCCAUUUUAUUUGAUCCUAAUUUUAACACAAACCGUCCUGACCUAGAAGAUCAUGACAAACUUUUUAAGCCUUGUUACUUCUGCAUUUUCAGAAUGUAAGCCAAUGAUACUUGGAACUUCCUGUCCUGUCUUGGUUCUCAGCCUGUGUGAUUCAGCAGUCUGCUGCAGUCUCAAGGUUUGCAGUUGAUUUCAUCCAAAAUAGGGAGAUUUUAGUUUUCUAAUCAACGCACAUAACCCCCUGUUGUAUCCAACCUUCAUUGGAGUAGUAAAGUCAGGAGAACCAGUCCUUCUGUUGCACGUCAAUACAAAAAUACUCAAAAUGUGGUGAUACUUGAAACCUAAACUUAGUUAUUGAAAAUAUGAGGGCUGAUAUUGGCACAUCACAGGUAAUAUCAGUUCAGAUGUGGAUACUGUAUUGUUCUUUCAAUCCCAGUUUAAAACCACUCCUGACGUCCCUCAGUGUACACUGUAAACUCCAAACAGAUACAAGUAGCUUUUCUGGUAAAAGGUCCUAGAUUAUUUUGUCAACCUUCGGUAACAUCCUCUAUAGAGUUAACCCGUUUCAUCUUUAAACUUUAGGCCUGGUUUCUUCGCCCCCUUUAACAGGUAGUGCAUAUCUUUUAUGUUCACAUUUAACCUAUGUCUUACGAGCUUUUAAUCCCCUAAACACAUUUUCUGGAACAAUGGUUCUCUGUGCUUCUUUUUGGGGUUUGAGCACUGUGAACUUGAAGAGUUAACAGCAGGCAAAAGUCAGUGCAACUGACCUAUAACACUGAAGGGUCAAGCAGCAGCAUGUAUGAAUACCACUGAUGGAGCUUUGAAUCACAAACUUGACAAGUGACAUGACUGUUUGAAGGCACUGGACGUGAUAUUUGCCAUGCUGGGAGUUAACCUACAAGAAAAGACUGAAAGAUUAACAGAGAAGAAGAAACAGCUGAGUUGGGCCUGUGUUUGCUGGAGAUUUGAAGGCCACACAGGACACUGUGAGAAGAGGGACAGGGACCAGUGAGAGGUCAAGCCCGGACGAGUUUGAGUGAGAGAGUACAGGAUAUAAUUGGAUUGAAAAUGGAGGCUGAACUCAUGGAGGUUUAGGAUUGUCCACCACAGAGAAAGAUAAAUACAUGAACUAACAAUUACGUGAAUGAAUAGAAAACACACAUACACAAAUUGUUACAUGUGAAAUUAUUUUUGGAAAGAAUCAGAAGUGAGACAGUUUGAAUCCACAGCUCAGUGCAAGGAUGCAUGAAUUAAACCUGACUAUAAAAAUACACAUGCAAUGAAGAAGCAGCUUGCACCUCUUUUCCCGAAAAUCAAACUUGCAGCGUAACAUCUCAUAGUCCAUGUCCACACUGGGGCCGCUGCCUGAGAAGAAUUCAUCUCUGAGCGGCAGCCGCUGAUCUGGUCUCAAUGUCAACUCUCCUGAUGUUAAGAAGAAAUUCAAAUUGGGACACAAACGAACCGGGCGGAAACACCAAAUAUUAACCCCCCGAUUCUUUUGUCCCCAUGAUAAAACAGAGCAAACCGACUCAGAGUGUGUUAAAACAUUUAUAUUUCUUUUUAUUAAAUCAUCUUCCGGGAGAGAGAGACCCCUGCACAGCCCAAAACGCCAGUUGCAGGAUCAUUAACAUUAGAAUCAUAAACUUUGUCUCAUAUAGGUAUUAUUUUGGUACUUUACACGUCACAGUUUCAAUACAACCAUUGCUUAUAUGGCAAAGUUUCUCUUUUCUGUCUGGCUUCCUGCAUUUAUUAAUACGCUGUACAGCUCUACACUUCCUGUUUUCAGUCUGGCUGAGCACUUAGUUUGAGUCAAAAGUGGCCUUUUCUCUACAAACCUUCAUUAUUAAAGUACAUAAAACAAUAUAAUAAGAAAAUAAGGAUACUAAGGAUAUAUUAAUUACAUGACAGUUACCAGCUGAUGUUUGCAAGCCUGGUUACUAACUAGACUUUAGAUUCGUGUUAAGCAACAGACUGAGAAACAAAAACCAAAUGCAUGCAAACUUUUGCUCACCAAAAUUGGACCACAGACGUUUUUGGUUGCCUGAUAGUACAAUCAGGCACAUCAGGCCAUGUUAUUCAAAUUUGGCACUUACAGCUGCCUACAUGUGAUUUUAUUUCAUUUCGAAGCUAGCCUCAAGUGGCCUUUAGAGAAAAGCAUUUCUACUUUGGGUUUCCUUCUUGACAUUAAGUAAGAAAUUCUAUAUUAGUAGCAGUCAUCACAGUAGGAGUAGUUUCUCCUUGAGAACAUGUGGGUUUUGUAAAGAUUGGGGGUGAAAGGAGCAUGGCAGCUUUGAAGUAUGUCGACAAAGGCAGAUUCUUAACCAAGACAAAAUGGUGACUAAUGGAUGCAGUGUGAUGCACUGUCCAGAAACCAGUGGGUGAUGUCACAGAAACUAUUGUGUCUUUUAUAUAAAGUCUGACGAAUCAUAACUUUUGGGCUUCACACAGUUGGGUCACAUGUGCCAUCAUCGACGUGGGCAGGAGGUAAAUCUAAUACUAAAACAUUUUUAUCUUGUUUAUUUUUUUUUAGUGGACUUCUUAAGGUUGUCAUGAAGAGUCUGUAAUUUGUCUCUGAUCUGCCCCCUACUGGAUGUACUUUUUAAACCACAAGUUGAUGAAUGCAACUGUUUGCUUUGUAAUUCUGUGCAUAUGUGUACUUUAAAAAAUGGCUGUUAUAAGAAACAAACAGCCUGCUGUAGUAAUGAGGUUGGCGUGUUAACAGGUUGUUUUAAUGCAACAAAAAUGUGCAUAUUUGUGGUGACAAUGUAGACAUAUAUACAAAUAAGCCAGUGUGAAACCACCCUGAGACUGAUGGUCAGUGAAAAGAUCAAUCUGCUCCAAAGAAAAAUGUUCAUACAAUGUUGUCCAACACUCCUCUUUACCAAGUAUAACUGUACAAGGUUGGUAGGAUAUUUUUUUUAAUUUAUUUAUUUUAUUGUCUGAAAGGAAAACAAAAGUCAGAUACCAUUAAUGGAGGAAUAAAAAAAAAACAACCCUUUGAGAAUCACAAGCAGGCUGAGGACUUCUCAAAAAAUUCAAAUGCUGAAUUUUCAUUUGGAGGAUGUUGCUCUGUCAUUGGUGUUAGCUUGAGUGAAGCGUUUACCCUUAUCUGUCUGGAACAAGUCAGUGUCUUGUAAAUCCAACUGCUGCAUCGCCAGAAGCCUUAAUGUUAAUAUGAAACAUCUGCUGCUUGCUCUAAACUUUUUCCAUUCACUGCUGAGAUCUAAACCUUUGUUGCCUUGUCCAGGAAGGGAAGGAAACUUCCUGCCAAAUUACCUGGGAAAUUAUCCAGUUUACACAGAUGAGGAAUGCUUUAAUGUGCCAGAAAACGACAGAGCAGCAGCCCUUCUGAGUCCUGAGCUGGAUUGUUGUAAACAAGUUUACUUCCUCACCUUUAACAAAGGAGUUUGUUGUGACUUUAAAUCCAAAGUUGUGCUCAAUGACUCUCUGCAGUCUUCAAAUGUAGAGUUUUAUUUCCAUUGCUAGGUGCAGAUAAAUCCACUUAGUCAGCUGCUCGUAAUUCCAUUAUAAACAUCUGUACAUGAGCUGUAGAUUUAGUACAAAGUGACCAAACGUGUUCGGCCUGUGGUACCAUAGCUUUAAUUCGGCUCGUCAUGCAAGUUUCAUUUAACAAACCUGCUGAUUAUCAGUCCGUUUAUAGAGGCCAAACUGACAGAAGCAUUGAAACAACAGAUAAAAAUCCUGAAUCCACCGCUGUCACUUUGAAUGAAAUAAAACAUUUUUUU